CAAAAGUCAAACCCUUGCAAUAACCGUUUCUGAAUCGCUUCUCAACUAUGGAACACUGUCACAUAAUUUACAGAUGACAUCUUGCUUCGUUCGAUGUGCUCAUCACAUUCGUACUAAACUCGGAAAAAGUGAAAUUAACGGGAACUCGGAGAUUAUCAUGUUUUUAUCUCCGUGAGUUAAGCUUCAUGUAGUUCGCCGACUCCGAAAAUCAUGGAGCAAUAUUUGACCGUAGGCAACGAACUUGAGCCAUCAUCAUAUGGCAGUCUAUCCUAGCGCCGUUACCUGAAUGAAUGUUGUCCCCACAUUUUCCUAUCAAACGGUUCCUCCCCUCCAUGCUCGCGUGGUUCAACACCCCACUGAGAUUUCAUCAUCUUGAAGAGCUCCCUUUCAACUCAUCCCCGUAGCUCUUCACCCUCUCUUACCACCAUCACGAACUUACUUCAACCACCAGCUAACCUACCAUAACACACAAACACCAAUACAAACAACACAACAUGUCAACCUCCUCAACCACCUCCACCGCCAUAAUCGGCUCAACCGGCCUCGUCGGCUCCCACAUCCUCUCCACCUUCCUCACCUCGCCCACCACCACCUCCCAAAUCCAAACCAUCUCCCGCCGCGCCCCCCCGAACCCAACCAACUCCUCCCUGCUCUCGCCCACCGUCAACAGCGACACCUCAACCUGGCCCACCCUCCUCUCCUCCCUCGUCCCCCUGCCCACAACCGUCAUCUCCUCCCUGGGCACCACCCGCGCCGCCGCCGGCGGCAUCGCCAACCAGUGGAAGAUCGACCACGACCUCAACGUGGACCUGGCCAAAGCCGCCAAACAAGCGGGCGUCAAGAACUUUGUCUUUGUGUCCUCUGGUGGAAUGCGGGGACCGUUGAGCACCAAGUUUCCUUAUGCGCAGAUGAAGGUCGGGGUGGAGGAUACGAUUCAGAGUCUCGAUUUCGAGCAUGGAAUUAUCCUCAGGCCUGGGUUGAUUUUGGGGGAGAGGGAGAAGGCGCAGCAUGCGGGUCAGGGAUUGUUGUAUGGGGUUGUGAGGGGAUUGGGCAGGUGGGUCAGCUUGGGCGUGCAGGAUCGGUUUGCGCAGGAGGCGGAGGUGAUUGCGAGGGCGGCGGUCAAGGCGGUGAGGAUGGUGGAGGAGGGGAAGGCGCCGGGGAAGUGGUGGGUGUUGGAGCAGGAUGACAUUGUCAAGUUGGGGAGGGAUGAGUGGAAGGAGUAAGGAGGGUGUUUAGGAAGAGAUCCACCGCGGGAUAUGACGUGGGAAGGGAGGGAAUCGAUCGGCCACAAAGCUUUCUAUCAGUGUCGAGCUUUGAGGGCUAUAGGUUGUGAGAGUAAUGGCAGGUAUCGAAGGGGGAAAUGGUGUAUGAAUGGAGACGACCUAGGCGUUGAGCACGACACAGAUUUUGAGUUCAAGUCAGAGUAGUUGUGCUACUAGGUUUUCACCUUCCUCAGGACAAUGGACCAGUCCAACCGGAAUGGAAGCGUCAAGGCUGGCUGCAUGGAGACGCAACGUGAUUGGUUUAGGAGGGCGUGUACAAAACCCGUCUCAACUGAAAGAGGUCAUGGCAUGAAGUGGAUCGUCGUCAAUGUGAGGGCUGCUCAUAUAUAUGAGGAUAAUGUGGGUUACGAUGUUGUGGCCUUGGAAAUAGGAAGACACAAUGGGUUGUGGUUGUCCAACGGU